AUGAGCUCUCCUUAUGCACCCACGAAAGCGCGCGUUCUACCAAGGCGGGUCCACGCCAAACCUCGAACACUGCUUGACUUAACAUCGCCACGUGUCGUUCAAGCGCCUGUUGUAGAAGAUGUUGUAGCUGCUUCACAGGACGUAUUUUUUGGGGUGGAACAAGAAGUUCCACAAGGAAAUGUGUACGAACGCCGCGAGUUUUACGUGGAAGAGACCCGCACUCAAAGGCAACAGUAUCCCCCUCUCCCCGCGACACUGCACGAUUGCAUCGAAAGAGGAGUACUGAACCUGGAUAAGGCCGCGAAAGUUAUUUUGAAGAACGUUAGAGAAGGAAAGUUUAAUGAAGCCACCUAUUAUGAGUUCGUUCGAUCGGAGAUGGCAGCGAAAGCAACACCCACGUACGGGAGCUUAAACCAACUCGUCGGACCGGACAUAAAUUUCUUAUGGAGUAUAGCCAACAGACUGACGGCUGAAGUAGGACGCGCAAUCACCUCGAAAUGUGUGCGCAUCGUUAAUGUGACUGAAAGGACAACGGCGCCAACUAUACAAACAUCUGUUUCAAUCCUCAAUUGCACCAGGUCAUGGAAUCUCGAUGUGGAACCGCCAUUUGUCAAGAAAAACCUCGGGAUUUUGGGCGCGCGAUGGGAGCCACGCGUAAAGGAUCCACCUUACCAGCAGUUAUGUUCGUUUUACCGUCAUCUUCUAACGCGCAUAACGGAUCCGCCAGAAAAAAUAAAGGAGUACUCCAUUCGACUUCACAGCAGGAACGGAAGAGACGACAAAUUGAAAAGUUUACCGGAACCUGUAGAAAACAUUUUGCAAGAUAUGGCAGAGGACAUGCUCGGUUACGGGCAAGAUGAACUCAAAGUAUGGCUUGAUCAAGAUCUCAGUAACUCCACUUUCUACAAGAGCCUUGGAGCGAACGAAGAGGAACGUAGAGCGAAUUUGGAGGAUUUGAGGAACGAACGUGCAGAGUGGCGUCCGCAGAUAUUCAAAGCACUUCAACUUGCAUUGCGCGACGUUCGCGGCUAUAAAUACGAAGCCGGCAAGUGGAUUCCCAAUCAGCGACGAGGCAAGCGAGAAGUCAAUGGAAUGAUCGAAGCAGUUCCCGAGUGCAGCAGAUACGGAACCCAACUACUGGAAGAACCGGACGAGAACCUCCCGCCCAACGCGUCACCUCCCUUGCCACCACCUAAUCCGCCACUCAAUCCGCCACGCAAUCCACCACCCAAGCGCAGAAGAAGAUAG